GCAAACAGAAAAAAAUCAAACCUGCUGGUGAGACGGACAUUUUGUUCUCUGCGUCCAGACGACUGCAGCUCAAGCCAAAUACUAGAUGGCAGAAGAGAGCUGCAGGGCCCUGGGCUCAGAGGAAGGCGAUGGACCGUUCAAGGCGAAAGACACCCCCGGCUUGGAAACAGAAUAGCGAAUCGAUUUACUCCAUACUUUCACUACAUCCAUGUCAUACCACCUACCUACCACUCAAUAGAAGAACCGCGGCAUUGAUGGGAGCGCGUGUCCAUUACGACCAACCGAGAAGGAGUUGCGAGAGAGAAAAAAAACGACAGACGGAUACUGGUCUUGAUUUUUUGGUUGGACCUUUUUUCUUUUUCUUUUUCUUCUUUUUUUUCCAUAUUAUUAUUUCCUUUUUUCUUUUUCUUAUGUCUGACAUUCCAUUACGACACCAUACUACACCACUUUCGAUGUGCAGCGCAGCAAGGCGCAGGAUGGUCACGAAGGGCAGCAUUGGGUCUGGUCCAGGUGUGCUUUUCUUUUUACUCUAUUUGCGCCGUCUAUAUAAUAAGUCUUGCGAAUCAUGGAGUGGCGGAGAAUGAAAUAGAAGCAAGGAAAGGGGGGCGAGUGACGAGCUGGGCAUGGGUGUGUAUAGAGAGACGAGGUCGAGGUAGUAGCAGCAUUUCACGUGUGACAG